AUGGCAAAUUUCUCUCCAAGUUCUAUUCUUGUGACACUUGUGAUCUUCGCCAUAGUUUUCUCUCCCCCAUUACCAUCUGAAGCAGCUCGAUUGACUCAUCGAGAACUUUCUGGGAAACUCAGUUGUGGUGGUUGUGACGUGUGCUGUGAACCUCCACCACACGGCUCAUGUUGUCGUUGCUGUGGUUCUCAGAUCAAUACUCAAUCCGGGACUGAAUCACCUUGCGGCUGCCACUAA